ACUAUAAAUAAAAUCGCUAAAAAAUAAAGCGCGGUCGUCGUGAACAGUCGUAAACGGUCGUAAAUGUUCGUAUUCUUGACGUAAACACAAACAUAGUGAGAGAGUGAGCAGUGAGCAGCUGCGAUGCGUUUUUUGUGUGAGAGAGUGUGUGCGUCUGCGUUGUUGCGAGAGUCUGUUUGAGUGCAACAGCAAAGCUAUUCCAAUGACUUUGCGGUAAACUUAUUAAAACAUAGAAUUGGGCCGCUAGUCAAUACUAAGGAAAUAAAACAGUUACAAUCGUGCCAUAGUGGUUGUUCAACUAUAGCGAUGUGAAGUCACAAAUUCAUUUACUUUCGAUCGCAUAGUUCGUAAGAAUAACUGACGAACAUGAUAGUUGUAUCAAAGUACACAUAAGUAAUGUAAUGACGCCAAAAAGUUGUGUAGGAUCAUAGUCCCACCUUAUAUCAGUCAUCUUCAUCGCUUCAUGCGUUGCUGGUGCUUAAAGUCAAGUCAAUCCUAAAGGAUCCUUUAUUCGACGAAAUAUUCGCAAUCAUAUAUUUGCUGACAAUGAUAUGAAAUACUCUGAAUCACGGAUAUGAUUUGUUCAAAGCGACAAAUAAAUCAAAUGAAAACGUCAUAGGUCUGGAUGCAAACUGGAAGGAUGGACUAUAUGUUUUGUAUGCUGCAUGUUCCGUUAUUACUUUGUGGGCGCAAACAAGAUUGAUGGAGAGUUUGUUAAGACAAUCUACUCUAGUAUCGCUCUAGAUAUCAAACUUAUUUGCAAUGAGACCAAGCACAUUGAACUUGCAACAUAAAGAAAAUCACCAUGUAUCUAGGAACUUUCUAAGGGAAGCUUACACAGCGUGGAGCGAACGAGCUGAAAAUUGCGUUGUUCUCGAACAAAACGUUCAAAAACUAUUUUAUGAUUUUGGACUUCUACCUACAACGACCCAAGUGAAUGACAUGCUGCGAACUUCCAGACUGAUUCUACGAGGCUGUACCAGCUGUAACAGGCAAUUCAAGCGGAAAAAUGGUUUAACGUUUGGUGAAUUUUCUGUGUUGAUAACCGAUAUACGUAAAAUAAGGCACACAUGUAUGCUAAAUAGAUGUGAAGCGAUAGAACUAAUGAGACCAUGCCAUACAGGAUCAUCCUCGACCGUCUAUCCAACUAAUCGAACGUUUGCCGAGAAUCACGCAUGGCUACGCGAAACAACGGCUGGUCCGGAGGUUUUUUUAGGAGGCUCGUGUAAUCCAACAACCUGGCGAGCUGAUGUAGCAAUACCUACGUUAGAGCGUUUAGGAAUUUCGUUUUACAAUCCGCAAGUUUCAGAAUGGACACCAGAUCUACUGGAUUUGGAACAUCGAGCAAAAGAAAAAGCGAAAGUCUUAUUUUUUGUGAUGGAUUCCCAAACAAGAUCAACUGCUGGAGCUAUCGAGGUAGCACAUAUCGCUGGACGGAACUCUAAGCAUUUAGUACUGGUCCUGUUACCUUACGAAAAACAGCAAACUAUUUUGAACGAUGUGCUAACCAUUCAUGAGUAUACGGAUCUUUCUCGAAAUCAAUUGUUACUGAGUCAGUUAGUUCGACGAAGAGGUUUACCUGUUUUGAACGAUAUUCCAUUGGCGUUAGAAUAUAUCAAAUAUAUUCUUUCCGGAGGAUCUUAUCGAGGAUAUCCGCAAAACAUUGCAGCGAGGUUGAUAUCUGUUCGCCGUACAUACGAUAGAGUAGCGGAAAAUUCUACAAACGCAGUAAAUCUCACACAAUGUCAAACUGCUCUCGUCGCGCUAGGGUAUCCAUCGGAGAUUACAUCAAUGAGCAUUUUGAGGCAAAUAUUGUUUCUUUUUGGGGAAAUUUGUCGACAAAAAAAGAAACAUAAAAACACUGAUGAUACCGUGCCAGUGAUAAUGAAUGCCGUUACGCAAAAUGGAACUACGCCAAACGAUGAAGAAAUUCUGGUUACAUUUGAUGGAUUCUGUAUACUGGACUCAUAUUUAUCAGUUCUCCACCAAGAUAUUGUUGAAACCAAUUGUGUUUCUCCGAUCAAAGGUACCAAUGUGCAGCAGCCUCCUAUUUAUUUGUCCAAUUCUCCAGAAUGUAACUAUCGAAUUUCUGCAUAUUCUUCAGUUGGUCCUAGUAAAGAAUACACGAUACAACAAUCGGCAAGUUCAUCAAAGUGUAAUACAAACUACAAUAGUUACAGCAUAAUGGAUUCCAGACAAACUGAUGCGAGUUUCGUUAAAAAACAACACCACGAUAGUGCUAAUAUUGCAUUUCACAAUCAUGCCGAAAACAAUACUGACCACAAACACUCAGGAACAUUAUCAACUGUAAACUGUUCCACCCGCACAAUGCAAAAUAUUAAUUUGCAUGUCAAUGAAAAUUCAGGCGAUCACCCGAACGGUGAAUGCAGAACACUGGAAAUUCGUGAUUUAUAUUUAGGUGGUAGUUGUUGGAUGUUAACCAACUGGCGUCAAAAGUAUGCUGUUCCUUAUCUGAAAUCAAAAAACAUUACAUUCUAUACCUCAACUCUUCACGAAGGCCUAGAAGGGACAUUACCCAAUUUGGAAGGGGCAGAUUUUGAAAAUUAUGACGAAUUUACAUUUGAUCCGACGGCGAUAGAUGCGAGUCGUAUUUUAUUGUUUGUGAUAACCAAUGAGACGAGGUCAUUAGGAGCCAUGACGAUGGCAGCCCAUUAUAUUGGCAUGGGAUAUAAUGUGGUGAUGUGUGUGCAAAUGCUGGUCGAUGGAUGUACGAUAAGAGGGACAAAGCUUUCAGAUUCAGCUCUAAAGGAUUAUAAUCGUGGUCGAGCAUAUCUCGUCGAUCUUGCAAAACGACACGGUAUUCCGGUUUUCAACGAUAUUAACACGGCUCUCAAAUGUGCUUUAGAAAAGAUAAGAUUAUAAUAAUUGUUAAGUAUCUUAAUAGAAUAUGUCUUGUCGAUAUUGAGAUCCGUUACCUUUCAACGGAACGUCAAUUAAGCCGUACAGAUCGGCAACCUUGCCAGCAAAUCAUAUUUGUAGUGAAAAAGUCAAAUAUUGAUCGUGGACGUUCGCUGAAGAUCAUUGACGGUGCUAGUAUAUGUGAGUGUUGCUAAUUACAAAGGAGAAUAUCCAGGCGACGUUCCAUUAAGUGAGAAUAAACCAUUAUUUGUUUAUGUUCUAACUUAGAAUGUCACGUUCUUCAAAUCUAUAUAUGUUGUUGCGUUGUAUUAGAUUCUUUUAUUGACUUACGAAAAUUAAAUGUUAGAUUAGAAAAAAAUGUCCUUUAAUACUUAACUUUUAAUAAAGCUGUAAAUAAUUACGAAUCGUAGGAUACAUCACGUGGAUCUAGUACUAAAGUAAAACUAAAAGACAAGCUUUGGGAAAUGUGAGUCAAAAUCCAUUUUCAUAUUAAAUCACAUCUUUGCUUUGAUGGCUUCCAUCAUAUGACAGCAUUUAACUCUUAAAUGUUUCAAAUGUAACUGCAAAACUGAUAACAGGAUACGUCUAACUAAAGUGCAAAAAAUAUAAUACAAAAUAUAUGAUGAGUUUAUUAUCUAUGAUAACUAUUCCCUGGAAUGCUACUACGCAAAUAAUUUCAUAAUAAUUUCA